AUGUCCUAUAUCCACCCUAUAUCCUAUACUUAUCCUACACCCUACUCCCUAUACCCACCCUAUGCCCACUCUACGUCCUAUACCCACCCUACAUCCUGUAUCCACCCUGCACCCAACGAUUUCGGGGGUCACCGGGGCUUGUUGGGGGGGGUUAGGGGGUCGUGGGGAUGGGGACUGGUUCUUACUGGGACGUACUGGUGGGGACUGGGCGCAGGGGACCUGCAGUGCAUCGAGGAGAAGCGCAAGCGCACGCGGGAGACGUUCCGCGCCUUCGUCCAGCGGGCGCCGCUGCCAGGCCUGGAGCCCUCGGAGUCGCGGCCCCCCCGGCGCAUCGCCGUGCCCUCCCGGCCCCCCCAGGCCCCCCAGCCCCCCCCCAGCAUGGCUCUCCCCCCUCUGGGGGCCUCCCCCGCCCCCCUCUUCCCUUUUGGGGUGCCCCCCCCCACCGCAGCCCCGGAGCCCCUGGCCGAGGCCCUGCUGCAGCUGCAGUUCGACGAGGGGGGGCCGGGCCCCCCCCCCGCCACCGGUCCCGAAAUGGGGGGCGGCGGCGGGGGUGGCCCCGAUCCCGGGGGGGCGCCCCCCCCUCUGGAUUUAGGGGCGCUGCUGGACGACCCCCCCUUCGACACCAUCGACGCCGCCGAGCUCCAGCGCCUGCUGGGCCCCCCCGAACCCCCCCCCGCCACCGCCUCCGCCGCCGGGGGGGGGUUCGGGGAGCUCCCCCCCCUCCCGGCUGUUUUUGGGGACCCCCCCUCCGUCGGGGGGGGUGCUCCCCCCCCCCCCCCCAUGCUGCUGUCCUACCCCGAAGCCAUCACCCGGCUGGUGCAGAGCCAGUCCCCCCCCACCCCCCCCGGGGGGGCUCCCCCCUCGGAUCUGCCCCCCCCCCCGGAUUUGGGGGGCCCCCCCCCGCCCGCCGAGGACUCGCUGCCCUCCCUGGGGGACCUGGACUUCAGCGCCUUCCUCAGCCAGUUCCCUUCCACCUAACUGGGAGGCACUGGGAGGGACUGGGAGGGCAAGGGGGGGGGGGCGGGGAGCAGCUGGGGGGGGGGUGAAGGGCAACUGGAGGCAACUGGGAGUCACUGGGAGCAGCUGGGAGGGGGUUAAAGGGCUACUGGGGGGGCUGAAAGGGCUGCUGGGAGCAACUGGGGGGGCUUGACUGGUUACUGGGAGCAACUGGGGGGCUUCAAGUGUUACUGGGAGGGGGGGGAGCAGCUUCAAGGGCUACUGGGAGGAACUGGGGGGCUUUACUGGGAGCUACUGGGAGGGGGUUCGGGUGUUACUGGGAGCAGCUAGGGGUGCUUAGAGGGCUACUGGAGCAACUGGGAGAAGGUUAAAGGGCUACUGGGGGGAACUGGGAGCUACUGGGCUGGAACUGGGAGCAGCUGGGAGUCACUGGGAGUGUGGGGGGGGCUUGACAGGUUACUGGGAGCAACUGGGGGGGGCUUCAAGCGUUACUGGGAGGGACUGGAGCAGCUUCAAGGGCUACUGGGGGCAACUGGGAGGGGGCUGGGGGCAACUGGGAGCUGCUGGGGGCAACUGGGAGCUACUGGGAGGCCACUGGGGCUCACUGGGAGAGCCCCGGGGCGGGGUGGAGGGGGGGUCCUCCCCUCCCUAAAAAGUGCCUUAGGGCGGGGGGGGGACCCCAAAACCCCCCCGAUUCCCCCCCCCGCCCCUUUUUAACCCCUCCCCUCCCCGAAAUAAACGGCCCAAUGACAGCG